AUGUACAGUGCUCCCUCUUGCGAUGAAGUUGCUGCUUUGAUUGUUGGAGAUUUUGAUUCGUCAGACCAUGGUCGUGACAUUAUUGUUCGAUUUACUGGUGGUCGAUUGCAAUGUAUAUAUGAAACUCAUGCUCUGUAUUGGCCCUUACAGUAUCCUCUGUUGUUUCCAUAUGGCGAGGAUGGUUAUCAGCUGAACAUUGAUUUAUUCUUCACUAUUACAUGUAAUCCAAAUUGGCUUGAAUUUCAGCAGUUCACGAAGCGAGAGCGAAUUCCUAUCGCUGAUCAUCCUGAUAUCUCUUGUCGUGUCUUUCAUGCCAAGUUAAAGUGCCUCCUUAGCGAUCUCAACGAAGGUGUGUUUUUUGGUCCACUUAAUGCAGGUAUGUAUACUAUUGAGUUCCAAAAAAGAGGUCUACUGCAUGCACACAUGUUACUCUGGCUUAAUGGGGAAAGCAAUUUACAAAGUGUUGAAAUUGUUGAUGAAUUCAUCUGUGCCGAGCUACCCAAUCCACAGAAAUUUCCAUCUCUUUAUAAUGUUGUCACCAAGUACAUGAUCCAUGGUCCCUGUGGUCGACUUAGACCGAGUUCUCCUUGCAUGAAAGAUGGUAAGUGCUCAAAAUUUUAUCCGAAAAGAUUCGUUGACCAAAUAAGUUUUGAUGAAGAUGGGUAUCCAAUAUAUAAACGUCGUAAUAUGGGUGUCACAGUGAAGAUCAACGAUGUCGAUAUUGACAACAGAUUUGUUGUGCCACAUAAUCCACUGUUGUUAAUGAGAUAUCAAGCUCACAUAAAUCUCGAGUUCUGUAACAAGUCAAACUUCAUUAAGUAUCUUUUUAAGUAUGUUAAUAAGGGUCCGGAUCGGGUGACUGCAACUGUUGGAGAAAGAUAUGAUGUUAGUGAAUCUUCUGAGGUGGUUAAUGAGAUCAAACAGUAUUAUGAUUGUCGUUAUUUGUCACCGUCUGAAUCCAUGUGGAGAAUUUUUGCUUACGAUAUUCAUCAAAAAUGGCCGUCGCACUACUCAUGUUUAUUUGCGCAACAAAUAUUUGCUGACGAUGUUUAUGGGUUGGAUGAUGGCCAACAGGCGGUUCCCGGAGGGGCGAGAGAUUGUACCAGUUUUCAAAGUAUAAGAACUGUGAAUGGUGUUACUUAUGAUACAUUUCAAGAGGCAUGUUCUGCCAUGGGAUUCUUGAUAGAUGAUAAGGAGUAUGUUUCUACUAUUAAGGAAGUUGCCGAGUUAGCGUCAGCUGCACAGCUAAGGAGGCUUUUUGUGAUGUUGCUGCUAUCUGGUUCCAUGGGAAGACCUCUAUCAGUUUGGGAGCAAACUUGGACUUAUUUGUCUGAUGAUAUUCUUUAUCGCAGAAGACAUGACCUGCAAUAUCCUGAUCUAACUAUGAGUCAGGAUGAGUUACAAAUGUUUUGUUUGUUGGAGAUUGAGAAACUAUUACAGAGUAAUGGAAAAUCAUUGAGAAAUUAUGCUGGCAUGCCGUAUGAUACUGUUUCUUUGUCUCGUGAGCACGAUGCAAAUAUCUUAAAGUUAAAUGAAGAACAAAGGGUGGUCUACGAUAAAAUUAUUGACUGUGUUUCGAAUAAGAGGCAUGGAUUCUUUUUUGUGUACGGAUUUGGUGGCACUAGAAAAACUUUUUUAUACAGAGUUUUGACAACUAGAUUGCGAUCUAAGAAAAAGAUUGUUAUAAAUGUUGCUUCUAGUGGUAUUGCUUCUCUGUUGUUACCGGGUGGUAAGACGGCGCAUUCUAUGUUCAAUAUUCCUGUUGAGCUGACUGAAGACACUGUUUGCCGGAUUAAGAAGGAUAGUCCAAAAGCUAAGGUAUUUCGAUUGGCCGAUUUGAUUAUUUGGGAUGAGGCCCCGAUGACUAAUAAAUUAGCAUUUGAAGCGCUCGAUAGGACGUUGCGUGAUAUAAUGGUUUCAGUUUCUGAUAGGAAUAAAGAUUUACCUUUUGGUGGGAAGGUGGUCAUUUUGGGUGGUGAUUUCAAGCAGGUCUUGCUAGUUAUUCCAAAAGGUUCGCGUGCUAAGAUUGUGAUGGCUUCCAUAAAUUCUUCUGUCAUUUGGAAAUAUUGCGAAGUUUUGCGACUGACAAAAAAUAUGAGGUUAGCAAUCGGAUCGGAACAAUCAACUGCUCAAGAGUUAAGGUUGGUUUUAGAUUGGAUACUUCAAAUCGGUGAAGGUCGAUGUGGAACAGUGGUCAACGAUAAACAUUUUGUUGAUAUUCCUUCUGAUAUAAUCAUUCCUGUCUUGGAAAAUCCAAUGGAAGAUAUUAUAAAUACAAUCUAUCCGAAUUUAGUUCAGAAUUUUCGUGAUCCAAGUUUUUUCCAGGAUAGGGCAAUACUCGCUCCGACUGUCGACAAUGUUGAAGAGAUAAACAAUUAUAUAGUUGACUUGUUGCCCGGUGAGGAGAAAAAUUAUCUCAAUGCUGAUUCGAUAUGUGGUAGUGAUGCCUAUUCUGAUGUUGAUGUCGAUUGGAUAACUGUUGAAUUCUUGAAUCAGAUUAGGUGUUCUGGUCUACCUAAUCAUUCGUUGAAGUUGAAAAUAGGCGUGCCUAUUAUUUUGUUGAGGAAUAUUGAUCCGACUGGGGGUUUGUGUAAUGGGGCUUGA